UGCGCCUUUUUCGCAAUUUAGCUGCAGCUGCAUCCCAUCAUCAAGCUCUUCAGCUACUAGCUACUUCUACCUAUCCCCCCUGUCUUCCUCAUCAACCCUCUUUACGAGCCACUACAACUAGCAACUAGCCAGCUCAGUCCUUGCAACGCCAUGUCUUUCCCACUCGAAGGCCCUCAUGCGGCCGAUACCCUCCCUUUGAGACCGGACGAACCCGCUCCCAAUGCGUUCGUCUCGGGAUUGCAAUCGGCGCUCAUGAUCUCCCAUCGACCGCCCAAGAACCCCGUACUAAAAUGGAUCUGGAAGAAGAGGAUGAUGCUGGAAUCGACCUUCUGCCUGAUCAUGCUGAACCUUUGGGAAAAAGUACUCGUUAUGUCCAUCGUCGGCCUCUUCUUCGUCCUCAUCUACAUCUCCAUCGUAAACUACCUCCCCUCUUACCUCCACUUUCUUCGAAACCGGAUCGCCUAUUACGUCUUUGGGGACGAGUCUGUCCCGCUCUUCAACGACGUCUGGGGUUGGAUCUCUAAAGCUGGUACUACGGCCGGAGCCGGGACGGAAGCGUUGGGAAGGAACGUCAGCACGGCGGCGGGAGUGGUCUUGGGUACGGGGACGACCAAGGCGGUCGAGGUGGUCGUCACCGGUCGAACGGAGCUGUGAUGCCAUCCACGCCCUUCUUCUUCUCGAUCCAACAUCUCCAUCUUCACUAUCAUUCGCCAUCAUCAUUUCCGGUCUUCGAAUCAUUCGCCCAUCUACCAGCAGACACAAUACGAUACGAACGGCUCGACCCCACGCAUAGAGAUUGCCGAUUCAUAACAGCGACGGCGACAAUAAUCAGCCUCGAAUUCGAGCCUCAUCCGCAAAUCAGACAGAAUUCGAUCAGCUUGUAUACACCUUCUAAAUCAUCAUCUCCCCCGCACUCGCAAACGCCAACGGGUCUGAUGGACUCGUCCCCGCCGUCAUCGAUAUGUUAUAUACCUAUAAUACAGAUCCAC